AGAACAGGAAUGCGUUGCAAGUUUUCCUCUAAGCUUCCCUCCACGUUGAACAGGGUCCGUCCCGUGUCUCACUAUGGACAUGUGGCCGCUGCUGCUUCUGAUUGUCCAGCUCUGCUUCUGCUGCGGGUAUGAAGGGUCAGGAUAUUAUUCCUACAGAGACGAUGAGGACCGGUAUGAUCAUAGAUAUAAAGGGACACCGUGGUGUGCACCCAUUAAGGUGAAGCAUGGUGAUGUGAGCUGUCGCACACCCAGAGGUGAACACUACGGGAACGUCAUGGGGACUCGCUGUAAAAUCCGCUGUAAGCAAGGAUACGAGGCCCAGAGCUCAGAGGUGGUGUGCAUGGCCAGCAAACACUGGUCGUUGAACUACGCCUGCCGAGAGAUCCGCUGUCCUAAACUGAACAUGCCUGCUAACGGCGGCUACAAGUGUUCAGAUGGCUCCUACUUUAACUCUCGCUGUGAGUUCUUCUGCUCCCCUGGAUUCAGUCUGAAGGGCCAGAAGACAGCAACAUGCCAGCACACCAAGGUGUGGAGCGCUGGAGACCCCACCUGUGUUGAUAUUGAUCCCCCAAAAAUCACGUGUCCUACUCUGAAAGAUAAGUGGGCAGAGCCAGGAAAACUGACAGCGAGGGUGACCUGGGACACACCAGAGGGUGUUGACACUGCAGAUGGAAUCCUUACAGAUGUUAUCCUGAAAGGGAGACCUUCAAAAUCAGACUUCCCAGAGGGGCUUCACAAGAUGGCCUAUACUGUGUUUGACCGUGCAGGGAACAAAGGAUCUUGCCGCUUUACUGUCAGAGUGCGAGUGCGCCGGUGCAGCCCACUGUUCCCCCCAGAUAACGGUUAUGUGAAGUGUGACAGUGACAAAGACAACUACGGUGCCACUUGUCAGUUCACCUGCACCGGUGGUUACGAACUGCAGGGUAGCGCUGCCAGAGUGUGUCAACAUGGACUCACCUGGUCUGGUUCAGACACCACUUGUUCACCCAUGAACAUUAACGUGGGAGUGCGGACGGCUGCUGCACUGCUGGACCAGUUCUAUGAGAAGCGACGGCUCCUCAUUAUCUCGGCCCCAACGGCUGCCAAUCAUAAUUACCGCUUCCAGAUGACUAACUUACAGCAAGCUCAGUGUGGACUGGACCUGAGGCAUGUGACAGUAAUUGAGCUGGUUGGGACUUACCCAGCACAGAUUGGUCGAAUUAGACACAGGCUACUCUCCCCAGCACUGGCCCUGCAGCUCAGGUUACUGCUCCAGAUCCCACAAAGGUCAUUCCAAAUGGUCCUGGUAGACAAGCAGGGCAUGGACAAGCAACGCUACCCGUUCCCUGUCACAGCGGCUGAAUUAUUCACCACCAUAGACACAUUUCCCCUCCGCAAGGAUGAGAUGGUACUACAGCAGGAGGCGGGUCAGACAUGUCAAUCAUAAAACACCCCGGCCUUUCUGUGCACUUCAGCAGACUGACAGCCAUCUUUGAUCCUUUUCCUCCUCAGUCACAGUAGACAGGGCCUACUCAGAUCAUCUGUUUCUAUCCAUAUGUCACACACUCCUACCUGAACUCAUUCAGUCCAAAAGACACAGGACUGAAGGUGAGUGUGUUUGUGUGUCUUAUUGUGUGUCUGUAUCUAUGUGUGUUUGUGUGUGUGCCAUCAAAAGUCUGGAUGUCAGUCAUGGUGCUUCUCUGCAGUAAGCAGAUUUAUUUAACACAUUACUAAAUGGUAAGGGUCAUACAGUAUAUUAUAAUCAUAUUGAUUUCUGUCUUAUUAAUUAUAAAAAAUACAGAUAGAUAUUUUUCAAAGCAGAAAUAUGUUUAACUAUUUUGUAUAAAAAGUAUUUUUACUGUAUGAACUAGGAAACUUUUCACCUGUCUAAUAUUUAUGUCACUUUUCUAAUAACGAUAUACUUUGACACUGUGUGUGCGUUAUGUACAGCGCAUCUUUACAUCCGUGUCUGAAUUUACAAGACACUGAUUAAAUAUGUCUUUUGUGGAGGAUGUGAUCUUUAGUGUGUCAGUGUGCGUGUGAGAGACGUGAUACCAUAUGGGGACAAGUACAGAGAGAAGAUGCACUGCUGUCUACAGCCGAGUACUAAAAUUGUUUUUGCUAAAAUAAUCAAGAAAGUACCACAAAUGUGCACAAAGUUUUCUAGCAUGAAGGGUUGUUGUUUGUCUAACUUCAAGACAUACUUAUUUAUUGGAGACAAACUCUUUGCACUGAUGGAUUUCAAUCCGUGUUCGUGCCCUGGCUGUGGAUGUCCAGAUGCAAAUGUCUCAAAAACUAUUACAGGGAUUGCCAU